AGAGAGGGAGAGAGACGGAGAAAACUUUUCAGUUUUAAAGAGCGAGAGGAAGCGUGCGCCGGAGUCCUGACCAUGCAGGAGGAGCUGGGAGAGACUAUGGGUGGUGACAGUGAUUGGGGGUCACUGUGGUUGUGUCCCUUGUGUCAGCAAGGUCAAAUAGACCGUGAUGCCCUCGCUUUGCAUCUGACCGAGAAACAUAGUGUGCUUCCUGCUUGUCUUGAUAAGCUCCUGGACAUUGCAGCUCCAGUGCACAAUUCCAGUGAUGAAAACAGAGAAUCCAGUGCUCAAAAUGAUACCAAUGGCAUAUCACAGCAGAAGUGUUUAGAAAACACCAAAUCCCCGUUAAUGGCUUCUCAGAUUGAUGGUGAAUCUACUGAUGCAAGUGACAAAGAUGGUUCUUCCCAAGAAAAAGAGAUGGGUGAUGAAAUGGGAGGAGUGAAAAAUGAGGAGAGUGACUGGGGAGCCUUGGAAUCGGAUCAAGAGAAUGUUACCCAGUCUGUAAGAACACCAGAAGCAUCUGUCACCAAUGACAAAUCCACUGAUAAAAGUGGCGAAGGUGACGUUAACCGUCCAUUCAAGUGUCAUGCCUGCCUGGAGUUCUUUCCCACUAGAUCCGCAUUGAGCGUACACUAUAAUUCGACUACCCAUAUCCAAAGGAUGAGAACGGGAGCAGGGAAUGAAAAUGAUCCCUCAACCCCAUUUCUUUCUCGCCCGUACGUCUCCAACAAACCAUACCAGUGUGCUGUGUGUCGUGUCUCUUACAAUCAUGCUAUCACCCUGGAAAGUCAUUUAAAAUCUGUAUUGCACCAGAGUCGCAGCAGGAGUGCUGGAAAUGCUGCCACUAAUUCUACAACGAAUGCAGGAAGUGGAGGCAUGGUGGCAAACCUAGCAGCCACCACUGUGAGUAAUGCCUCACAGUUAGCUUAUGCCACAACCAGUAAUUGUGUCACGCAAGCAAGCCUGCCUGCGUCUCCAGCAAUGACCAAAGAUGGAGAGCAGGUCCAGUCUCAGCCAGCUCCCUCACUGCUCUCCUCUCCAGUGGCGUCAGCGCAGGCGGUGUCUGCUUUUCUCACUCUUCUAACCUCUAGUCCAAACUCUCUUCCGCACUCUAUCCUUCCCUCUCUUUUUGCUGCUGGAGCAGGUACCACAGCAGGCACAGCAACCCCUCAGCUAAUACCACAGCCUCAGAUGCUUAUGCCCCUUAUCCUGAAUGGACUCCAAGCCCAGAGUCCAAACCCAGAGUCUCCUAAACAGCUUUUGCAGCAGACUGUUCCAGUUCUGGGUCUUAGUGCAUCACAGCAGGCUCUCUUGGCCCAAGGACUUAGUGGUUUGCAAAGUCAGUGGGCUGCCUUUGGACUCUCCAACAUGACUCAGAAGACGUCAGAGGAGAAUGAUGACGUGGCUGUAAAGGGGGUUGCAGCAAAAGUGAAAAAUGAGAUUAAGCAGGAGCCUAGCGAUCAACAGGUGCCACAGAAGGCAGACGGUACCUGGACAGAUGAGGAUUUUUCUGUAAAAAAUGUUUGUAGCAAGGUGGAGCAUAAAUUAGCGUGCCACAAUUUGAAGUGUGAGAGUAAAGUUGAAGAUAUUGUAGAGUGUGGUAACAAAGAGCAGGAGAAAGACAAAAUGGAUAUGGAGAGCACAGACGAAGGGGUGAGUGUAGAGGAAAAUGCAAAAAGAAUUCUAAAUAUCGAUGCAAAUAAAGCUUCAACAAUCCAAAUCCCAUCAUCAUGUCUAACUGAAUCGAGUAAGUGUCCCAUACACAACCAUAAACAUACUGUUAACAGAUCUGAAUUAAAAUCUAAUGUUGCAAAAUGCAACCCCUCGAACAUUAACCAUGCCUUAAUUUCCUCAGGCCAUAGGAGUGCUAAAGUUCGUCCAUACUUGUCCUCAGGCCCUCCGGUUCUAACUGAGUUUCAGUCUCAGGUGCUGUGGGCCUUUCUGGAGUCACGAAAUGAGGCUGAUGCAGCUAGUCCACCAAGAGAAGACUGCGAAGCACUUGGCAGGGAGGUAGGGCUGUCUGAGGAGGAGGUACGAAGAUGGCUGUUGGAUGCCCGUCGUGCCAAAGACAGGCAAAGUGCAGAAGGCAUGGAUCAUGACGAGGGUGAAGGAAGUACCGAAGAUGAUGAAGGUGCUCUAAUGAUAGAUGAAAGUGAAUAUGGGCAGAGUCCAUCAGCUGCAAGCAGUCAUGCAAUGGAUCUGUCUACCAGCGCAGAAAGACAUAGUGAAAAGACAGAUAAGGAAAACCAAGGAGACUCGUGUUUGACCUCUGACUCCGAAAACGAAGAAUUCUAUACAUCUGUUAUUGUGACAGAUGAGGAGAGUCAAAGUAGUUCAUUGAAAGAAGAGCCAGGUAGCCCAGCUAAACAGUCAUCACAUGUCGAUACAUCGGGCGAAAAGUCAGGUGGUGGAGGAAAGGUUCUCCGAUCCACAACGGUCUUUCUUUCAGAUGCAGAGGAUGAGGAUGAUGAUGAUCAGACUGCAAAAAAGAAAAAGAGAAAGAGGGAGAUGGAUAAGGAAGAGUUGGAGUGCAAAAAGGAGAGGCAAGAUGCUGAUCUUGAUCUUCAGCUAGAAGCACAAGCAGACCCCCCGACUCCUCUUUCAGUUGCACUUGACCAUCAAGGUCUUCCAGCUGGAGUCUUGCAUUCCUUGCCCCUCUCCCUUUCACUGGCCCAAUUUUCCACUCAGUUAUUCAGUCCCUAUGUCCUCUCGGUUCCCUCAUCUGUGGUUGGAGUUGGUGUUUCUGAAGGAGACAGAGCCUUCACAAAUCCUGCAACUGUUGCUCGAAGUCACGCACCAUUCUCUGACCCUCUUCAUGCACCAGCCAUUGGUUCUCUUUCACAGUCCACCCAAUUCUUAUCCAAUGGCAGCGACUGUGAGUCUGCCCUGGAUCUCAGCAUUGGGAAGAGCCACAGCUCUACAACAUCCACAUCUGUCUCAUCAAGUAGCAAAACGUCUAUACAAAAGAGCAAUUUGCUUGAUGGUCUUGGACUGAGGCCGACAACAGUUGGGGUCCCUGCAGACGGAAGUCUUAUUGUUGUUCAAGUGAAGCCUGAAUCUGCCAUUGCAAUCUCAAACUCCAGCAACAGCACCCUUGGUAACAGCAAUAAUUUGGCUAAGACUAGCACUGUGUUCAUGAGAGCAGCAGAGAAAGUGAAUACCUCCUUAAUGGAGAAGGAGAAAGAGAGUGAGCGAGAGAAGGUAAGAGAACAAAAACGACCUAAUGCUCGACGGUUCAGGGAUAUGAGAAGGUCUAGAACUAUCAUUCAGGCUGACCAGCUAGAUGUGCUCUAUGGAUGUUAUUUUAAAGAUCCCAACCCAGGAAAGCAUGAAUUUGAGCAAAUAUCAGAGUGGGUGCAUCUUCCAAAGAAGGUGGUCCAGAUUUGGUUUCAAAAUAUGAGGGCUAGGGAACGAAAGGGAGAGGUGCGCUUCAUCAGUGAUGGCACUUUGGCGGCGGUUGGUAAACCACUUAUAAAGUUCACUUGGCCACUAGCUAAGCCCAUUUUCUCAAGUACCCCAAAAUCUAACUCCAGCUCAACAAAUCCCAGCUGGACCCCUUCUAAGACACAAACUGGAAAUGCCCCCCCAAAGACAGAGAAGGUUAAAGAGGUCAAAGAAACACUGAAAAUCCCCAUCCAAGGUCUUGGUAAGCCAAAGGAGGUAGCAUCCUCUUCUACUGUCGCCAGCAGUACGUCAUCAGCAUUCAAGACCAAAAGUGAAGCAGUGAAUGCAGUUUCAAUGGUUAAAAUAGCUCCCAAGGCCUCAUCAGUUUCAGCUUCUAUGCUAAGCAGCAGCUCUGCUAUCUCUCGAACCCCCCCGAAGAACAAGACAGAGGAACGCACUGAAGCAGACAAGACCAAUGAGAAGGUUGGUCAUGAUCAAGGAAAACCUGGUUCUGUGGCAACCCCACGGAUGGUGCCAAAAGUGCCCACUACACAAAUCGGCAAAUCUUUCACCGCAAUGUCACAGAAACAAAAUGGGCUGAAUUACUGGUCUCAAAAGGGUCCAAUCAAGAUCAAUACCCUUUCCAGAGAACAGCUGGGCCUGAGCACCUCACGGCCUUCGCUCACUACCCCGCCUGUCGUAGCACCCUCUGUGACACCCACUACACCAACAUCCAGUCAAAGCCAAAAAGAAACGACCUGUGUGCAGCAGCACUCUACUCCAAGGAGACCUCGCACACACCUGAACUGUUUGCAGCUGUCCAUCCUGCAGUCUUGCUAUGAGACCUGCGCUCACCCUAAUGCUUUAGAGUGUGAAGCAGUGGGUACGGAACUCGGCCUCCCACUUAAAGUGGUGCAGAUCUGGUUCCAAAACACUCGUGCCAAGGAAAAACGCUGGAGGUUGCAACAGGAGAAGUUGUCUCCUAACUCCAGCGACCCUUCCAAGAAGGUAGACAUCAGUUCAGGCAGCUACCUGCAGUACAGUGCGCUCAGAGCCAACCGUCCAAUUCUGCCUAAACCAGUACAACUGACAGUUCUGGAACCUUCUCCACCACCCACUGUGGGUCAGCCAGCAGGACGUGAGACACUAAGAGGCAAAUGUGAAGUCUGCGAUGUGGAGUUUGAGUCCAGGGCAGCGGCACGCGACCAUGUCUUCUCUCCACGGCAUCUUGCCACGCUGAGAACCACUAACUUUGGUCAGCCAGUGGGUUUGGCUAACAGCGGAGCUGCUGCUGGAGCCACUGGUGUUGUGAGCCAGUCUUCUUCCCCAUCACCAGCUAGCAGCACCAGCUAAGAAAUUGACUUGAGCUGGUGUAGUGGACCCACUAGGCUCUUAAGCUUUUAAUAGACAGACAAAAAGGUGCUUGUCUUUCAAGCUGAUGUUUUUUGGAGCCUGCAAACUUGUUACGGGCCCAGAGAGCUCUUCAGUUUUCUGCUGCCUGGCUGGAUGUCAGCAGGACAUUAAUCUUUGGUUCUGAGCAGGACUUAUUUUAAUGACUUGUUGCCACCACAUCAUUUCACUAAAAAUAAUCCAAUGAAACGGUUAUACUGGACAUGCAAAUACUUACAUAGUAACGGUCCUGUUAUGUGUUUUCACUGCUUUGUCUCAAUUUUAAACAUAUGUUCCUGUUGUGCUUGUUUUUUUAUCCUGUCAUCCUUAAUCACAACACUCAGUCUGAUUGGGAGAAAUUCCAGUGAUGAACCACCUUAAACUCAGCAAAAGCGCUUUGAAUUAAUCAUUAUGUAAAUGGUACUGCUUUUGUUUGAGACAAGUGAUCUUCAAUUUUGUCCAGAUGUUUUGUAUUUUAUCAGCAUUUCAGAGUUCUCUUAUCUUGAUCAAAUUGUCUCUUCAGAAAUGUUAAAAAGUCAUUGGGCAUAAGCAGGAGGUUUACAGCUGGUUAAGUGAAUCAGAUCAUGGAUAUGCAUCAUAAAUAUGUCUAAACUGUACAAAUACCUACUGGAAGGUUUAGGGAUUGGAAGUAAAUAAUGAAGUGCAUAUGGUUUUCUGGAACCAAGGAAAUUCACAAGAGUGAUCUGGAUCCAAAUAUGCUAGAAAAACAGGGAAGUUAAUGAGACAAUGGCUCCUCCAUUUGUCAUCAUGACAAUCCUACCUUCCUUUGAGCUUCAUAGGGUUAAGAUGUCAAAAUUAUCAUACAGCACUUUGUUUAUUUUAAGGUUUGAAGCAUUUUUAAAAUUUUCACAUUGCUCUAAACAAACAUUUGUUUUAUAGUGAUGUAUUACUGUAUGUCAGAUUAUACUGAAGUGUUACCAGCUUUUGCUGUUUGGUUUAUUAGUUUUGAUUUUUAGAAUCCUGAUGAGCUGCACAUGGUCAAACAUAAAAAGGAUCAGAAAAAAAGCCAAAGUCAGUCCUAUACUGUUAAAGAAAAUUUAAAUCAUUUUGAUAUACAUUUAUGAAACAUCAAAUUAUAACUUCUCUUAUCCUUUUUUUUCUUCUCAUUUUCAAGCUUGUGCCCUAGCAUGACCCAUAUAAACAAUGCUAAUUUACAGUAUACACCAAACCUUUUUCUGAAUGAAUAUGGGAGUGAACAUUUAAUUUCUGAACCAUUUUUUUUUUCUUCAUCAUCGUUGUGUUAAAAUAUUUUAUGUGAUUGCAAACCGAGAACUUGUACUGGGUAGUAGUCAUACACAGUAGACUUAUCCCAACACUUGUGCAACCCUCCUCUUAGGGACCAGAGAGGAGGUAGCUUUGGUGGUUCAGCUCACUGUGAUGAUUCAUUGUGAUAUGGACUCUACUCCGCAGGGCAAAAGGAGGUGCGAUUUGAAGGACAAGAAAUACUAAAGAGAAUUGUCAUUUUGGUUUUAAGUUGUAUAUUAUAAUUAUUAUUAAUGAUGUUACUAUUAAUAGUUUAACAAAAUGCAAAACUAAAAAAUAACUUUUUUAAAGGAACUAUAUUAAGAAAGUGGUAUUCCAAAGUUAUUCUUCCUCUUGCUUUCUGUCAUUAAAAUACCAAAAAGCAUUUUAAGGAUAAAACAGUGGGAGAGAUGUUUAUAAUGCAAAACAUGACUGAUUUCCCACACCUCGACACUUUGAGUUAGAACAGGACUUUUGAUGCACUCAGCUACAAGCAGGUGCACAUCAGCCAACACAAGGUGGAGCACUUGGAUGUGUAAUCAGAGUGUUUAACGUCUGCGCAAUUAUUUUGUAGCACUCGGGUGUGAAGCUGCAGCUCGUGUUCACUCAACAUGAGCUGGAUGCAGUGCUACUGGAACAGAAUCACAUUGUGUUGCACUGUUCAAAGUGGAUAGGUAGUAUAGAGAACUGCUUUUUAUAUGUUUUGUUUGUUUUUCCAUUAACACUUAUCACUUGUUAUAACUACUACUUGCUAUUGUUUUCAUUACUAUCAUCCCUGUUUUGAUUAUUAUUGAUUCAUAAUGGUUUUAAUAGCAUCUCUAUCUUCACUGAGAUGGUCUUGGUAUACUGAGCAAUGAUGGUGACAGUGUUGUAUGAAAUAUUAGAUUAUCGUUUAAGCUUGUUUUUCCUUCCUUGUACCUUCAUUUUGUGUUGGAGCUCCAUUUUUUCUUAUACAAAAAUAAACUGACCUUCAUUUAGUGGCGUUAAGGUUGUUGAUAAACCUUU